AUGUCGGCCAAAGAGAGACUUAAAGCCAGCAUGAGCAAAGAGAGCGUCACUCUGCUGCCCUGCUUCUACUUUGUGGAGCUCCCGAUCCUGGCCUCCUCAGUGGUCAGUCUGUACUUUUUGGAGCUGACGGAUAUUUUCAAGCCUGUGCACUCGGGCUACAGCUGCAAUGACCGGAGCCUGAGCAUGCCCUACAUCGAUCCCACCAAGGAGGUCGUUCCGUUCCUCAUGCUCUUCAGCCUGGCAUUUGUAAUUCCAGCAGCCACGAUUAUGAUUGGAGAAGGCAUCCUGUACUGCUUCCAGGUCAAAAGAAGGAUCAACAUAAAAACCGAAGCCAACAUAAAUGCUGCUGGCUGUAACUUUAAUUCCUACAUCCGCCGGGCUGUGAGGUUUGUGGGUGUCCACAUCUUUGGCCUUUGCAUCACAGCCCUCAUCACAGACAUCAUCCAGCUGUCCACAGGGUACCACGCUCCCUACUUCCUGACAGUGUGUAAGCCCAAUUACACCAUCCUCAACACCACCUGUGAUGACAACGCCUUCAUUGUGGAGGAUAUUUGCUCAGGCUCUGACUCAGCAGCCAUCAACACUGGAAGGAAGUCUUUUCCAUCACAACAUGCCACCUUGGCUGCCUUCGCUGCAGUGUAUGUCUCAAUGUACUUCAACGCCAGCUUAACUGACUCCUCCAAGCUACUCAAGCCCCUAUUGGUCUUUUCCUUUAUCAUGUGUGCGGUCAUCUGUGGUCUGACUCGCAUCAUCCAGUUCAAAAACCAUGCCAUGGAUGUCUACAGUGGCUUCCUCAUCGGAGGAAGUAUUGCUGUCUACCUGGGUCUGUAUGCAGUGGGUAACUUUAAACCCAGCGAGGACACAUCCCUCCGCCAGCGGCCACGUCCACAGCCACGUCCUCAGCCCCCACCCAUGCAGAUUCCCCCACAGCCUCAACCGAUCAUGCCUCCUACUGCCCUUCGAGAGCCCCUGCGUCCUCUCCCUAACCUUAACACAGAGCCCCCACGCCUCCUCCAGCCCAAGAGUCUGAGCGUAAGGGAGCGUCCAACUUCAGCUCGCUCAGAAAGCAUCCUACUUAGAGGACCUCACCGUGACUCUUCCUUCAGCCUGAAGAGGGCCAGCACUGAGCUGGAAUGUAUCACAGCAGCUAGCCAACUGUAUCAAGAUAGCAUGGUGACCUUUAGCAACACUCUGCCUCGUUCACACUCUAUAGGCGCGGAGGAACCAGUGCCACGUCGUCAUGCCGCCAUCCAUGCGUCCAUGGAUUCCACACGAUCCAAGCAAUUGCUCUCACAAUGGAAGAAUAAGAAUGAGAACCGCAAGCUUUCAUUGCAGGCUGGAGAGGGUCCUGAGGGGGGCAUGGAAGUACGCUGCAGCUCUGAACCCACUGCCAUGGGUCUGGAGGGGCCACCUGGACAGUAUAUGAAGAUGGCUGCCAGUGUUGUGCCGUUGGCUAACCACAAUGGUGGAGGUGGCGGUGGGGUCAGGGUGUCCAUCCAAUCACGGCCGGGUUCAUCACAGCUAGUACACAUUCCUGAAGAGACUCAAGAGAAUGCAUGCUCAUCUCUGCAGGAGGACAGCGAGGAAGCAAGUGAUGGCGGUGGAGGAAUGGUCGGGAAUGCAAGGGCAAAAUGGAUGAAAAUGGCUGAGAAGAGUGCCCCCUGCAGGACUAACAGCCAGCCACGGAUAAUGCAGGUGAUCGCCAUGUCUAAACAGCAGGGCAUCAUACACGGAAGCCCCAAGAGCGAGGGCAGUGCUGUCAGCCGCACAGGAUCCAUUCGUUACAAGGCGCUGACAGAGCAGGAGUCUGGCACAGGCAUUGUGCAUGUUGAUGCCCAUCCAGAAAACAAAACCAAUUCAGAUGCUGGUGGGUCUUGGAGGUGGAAGGCACCACCAGAGCACGUCGGCGUGCGCCAGUGUUUUGAGCUGAACGAUCUCAACCGCAACUCAGAGAGCUGCGAUUCCCUUAAGGACGGCUCUGUACCGGAUAUGAGCAACCCUCAUCAUCCACACUUUCACCAUCAUCACCAUUUUCACCAUCCACACCAACAACAGCAGGCCAUCACCACCAUCCGUGUGACACCUGUGGAGUCAAGCAGUGAAGCUGAGGCUGCCUCUGAGACGCUUUCUCUUGCCUCCAGCCGUGAUUCCACCCUGCGCCGCAAAAACAUCAUCCUGCUGCCUGACCGAGGCCCGAGUCCGGACAAUGCCAGGAACCUGCCGCACUUUUUCAAACUAUCCCCUACACCUCCUCCCACUGUGACCUUCAAAGAGUGA